AUGCACGAAAACACUCCCAACGUACCCUCGGCAACUCCAAGUCCCCUCAACUAUUGGUGGGUCAACCAGCGUCAAUUUGCAACGUCGAAAUUGCACUGCCCCAAGGGCAAACUAACGUGUGCCUCGAAGGACUUCGGCACCCGAGCAGACCAAGCAAAGGUUUCCAAAGCCAAGAAGGUCGUUUUGGCACUGCUACCAUGCUCGAACGUGUUAAACCAACAAGUCGUGUCGAUGGACGUACCUGCUCGUAUCGUGUUGUUUCAAGGAUGCCUCGCUGCGUUGUGUCAGCGCCACCUUGCGCUGUCGGACCAAGCAGCUGUGGCCAAGAGGCGGGUGUCCGAGAUGAGCUACCAUUCGAUGUACGAUAUAAUUAACAAGUGA